AUGGGUGAUAGUCUCGUGAACGACACCCUCGCGAUCCUGCCAGCCGCACGAAACCCGGCUCCUCCCGACAGCAUCUUUGCGCACCACUUCCGCAUCGCGGAACAUACUCCUCCAUCGCUGUGGUCGCGAAACAGCAUGGACAAUUCAUACCAGCCCUACGCGGGCUUGGACAGCAGCUCACUGCCACAGAUUCUUCAGGCUGAGCUCCACCCACCCGCACCGCAAUCCGACGAUGGCAGCAACGGCAAGCGAAAAGCCGACGAUGGACAACCUCAACAACGCGCCAAGCGCAACCGGUACAUCUCCAUCGCGUGCAAUGAGUGCAAGAGACGCAAGAUCAAGUGUAAUGGGCAGAAUCCGUGUCAACGCUGUGGGAACUUGAGUCUGGAGUGCGUGUAUGCGCCGAAUUGCUGUAAUGGCUUCAAGGAUACGCAGGAAUACAGGGAGAUGGCGGGGCAGAUUGAGUCGUUGCAAGAGCAGGUCAAUAUGUUGUAUCAUGAUUUGAGUCAUCUUCGCACACAGUUGGGUCAAGGUCCGCCGCCGCCGAUGCAGCAUCCGCCUCCUCCACCUGCGCCCGUCGCUCAGCCAGCACCUCCUCACCAGCAGCACCAGCAGCAACAACAGCAGUACAAUGCAGCUAUUGAUCCGUCUCUGCAGUCCUACUAUCAGCCACCCAGGUCUGCCUUCCAGGGCCAAAAAGCAUCGCCCGGUGCACCCAUCGCCAACAUGUCUCCUGGCGCCAACAGACACAGAAGCCAGUCGCAAUCCCAACAGCCCUCCUUCCGUGGCCCAACUAGCGCAGAGUUCAACUUUGACGUUGCUAAGAGCAGCCUCCAGACAAUGGGCAUCAGCGGUGUAGAAGAAGGCAGUGGGGAUGCCACGGGCGACGCGAAUCCAACACCCAGUGGGUCACCUCCACGUCAAGUUCUCGAUCACUGGAAUGCUGACAAGGAUCCUAUCUGGAAGACCACGCAAGAAGAAGCGAUGAGGUUGUGUCAGGUGUAUGAGGAUGAGAUGGGGUUGAUGUAUCCGGUGUUGGAUAUUCAGAAGGUUAUGGCCUAUGCCACUAAGCUUUAUCGAUUCAUGGAGGCUGCGCAUCGGACUGGGUUGAUGCAGCAGGGCUUCCCAGGCGGUGAUGCGAUUGAGGAUGAGGACACGAACAUCUUGAAGAUGGUCAUGGCUGUGGCUAUGACUGUUGAGGCUUCUGGACGCAGUGAUCUGGGUCGGAGGCUGUUCGAGUAUGUUCAGCCUGCUAUUGAUAAUCUGCUGCUGGGUAAUGUGGGUGUGAAGGGUAUUCGACUGUUGGUCAUGACGGCGAUGUACGAGUUCCACCGCGACAACGAAGGCACGUCCUGGCGAAUCAUUGGCCUCACCGCGCGACUGUGCAUUGAGCUUGGUUUGCACAGGCGUGAGACGUACGAGAUCAUGACCGAUGAGGGUGAGCGCCAAGAGACGCUGCUACUGUUUUGGGCUAUCUUUGUUCUCGAUCGACGCUGGAGCUUCGGCACUGGCAUGCCGUUCGCUUUGCAAGAUGCAGAUAUCGACCCACUUCUGCCGAAGCCUGAAGAGUCGUCACCUUAUCUGACUGCCAUGAUCCAGUAUUGCACCAUCGGCAGCAAAGUGUGGCGGACUGUUGCCACAACGCCCAGCCCAAGCAGCGGUCAAACAAUCAAUACAGAGGAGAUGAACUACCUCGACUACCAAGUCAUCCAAUGGCACCGCCAGAUCCCACCACAACUCCGCUUCGAGCACCCGGCACAAUCUGGUCGUCUCUCAACCCCGAUCGGACCGGCACCGUCUAGGGCAGGCAAUCGCUUACGCAUCCUCCUGUACCUCCGCGCAAACCAGAUGCGCAUCUUGAUCUACCGACCAGUCCUGCACUCCGCCACUUCCAUCAUUCAGCACCGCGAACAAGCUCAGACCGUCAUCGAUGUUGCCAAAGACACCAUCAGGGUCCUGACACACAUCAAUCAGACCUCUGACCUCUACCGCACCCAGCAGGUCCUCUUCAACGCCUUCCUCACCUCGGCUCUCGCCGUCCUGUUUCUUGCUGUCAGCCAUACACCUGCUGUCUUCGCCGACAAUGUACGGGAAGAGUUCUACAUGGCACUUGAUCUCGUGCGAGGUUUCAGCAAAGGGUCGUGGAUCGGGAAGCGCUUGUGGAAGACCAUUCGCGUGCUCAAGGAAGUCGGACCAAAACUCGGUCUACCCAUCACAGACGCAUCCAUCCCGGGAGCUCCUCAGCACGGCACGAAAGAAGAAGAGCUCGAUCCCAGUCGAUCCGCCGCUGUUGCUAUGGCUGGACUGGCGGGUCACAAUGUAGACGAGGCCGCACUAUUCAAUGGGCUGUCGCAGCCUUGGUCGGGGACGAGCGUGAGCCCGGAUAAUAUGGCGAAUGAACUAACGAGUCUAUUCGAGGCGGCGGGAGGUUUACAGCAAUUGGGUGAGAGUGGUGUCCAGGUUAGCGAGGGAGGGUAUGUGCCUGUUAGUGGGGUGGAGAAUAUGAGUGGGCAGUUUGGGCAGGGUGAAGGCACGCUGGCUCCGCACGCCGAAGCAGCACGUAUACACGACGACGAACUACGGGAAGCCUUCCUAGACCCUGGAGGAGACGGCGGCGGUGACGCCAACAGACACGACAGCACCCACAACCCCGAACAACCCUCCGUGCGCAAUCGCGCCAACAGCCUCUCAGCCGCCUUCGCCAAAGCCUGCACCCUGGACGAAGAGGUCGCGCUGAGCGAAAUGAGUUCCUCCUCCCAGGCCCCCGAGAGCUGGAUCAGCGCCUUCUGCAGCCUCGUAGGUCACGAAUAUUUCGCCGAAGUCAGCGAAGAUUUUAUCGAGGAUGAUUUCAACCUCACGGGACUCCAGAGUCAGGUGUCGAUGUAUAAAGAGGCGCUGGAAAUGAUACUUGAUGUGGAACCUGAGGAUGCGAGUGAAGAGGAGGACGAGGAGGAAGACGAUGAUGACGAGGACGACGAUGAUAUGCAGAAUGAUGCCGAGGGUAGGAGUUACAGACGUGCGGCUGAUGCGGCGGAACGACGGCAUUUGAGGAUGGCGAGUGAUCUGAGUGUAAUUGAGAGUUCGGCGGAGAUGCUGUACGGGCUUAUACAUCAGCGCUUUAUUACCAGUCGGCCGGGUAUCCAGCAGAUGGCGGAGAAGUAUGAGUUGGGGCAUUUUGGGCAUUGUCCGAGGGUGUACUGUAGUGGUGCGAAAGUGCUACCGGUGGGACUAUCGGACAUUCCGGGGCAGGAGACGGUGAAGCUGUUCUGUCCGAGUUGUCUGGAUGUGUACAGUCCGCCAAAUAGCCGAUUUCAGACUGUGGAUGGGGCAUUCUUUGGCACAACGUUCGGAUGCCUAUUCUUCAUGACCUUCCCGGAGCUGGAAGUCGGUGGGCCGAAGUCAACACUGGGUCCGCUACGAGAAGAUGCGAAUCCCGUGGCGAAUAAGGACUCUAGGUCCUCGCUUUCGUCCUCGCUGACUUCACAAGCGCAAGCACCUCCUACAGCUACCAGUUCGAGCGCCACACUGGCCGCGAUAGCACAACAACCAGAGAGUAUCAACGGUGUAGCACCAAAGAAUCUUGCUCCGGGACUGGGACCAGGCUCUAUCUACGAACCACGAAUAUAUGGUUUCCGGGUCUCGGAGAUAGCGAAGACAGGUCCAAGGAUGAAAUGGUUACGAAGUCGGCCUGUAGAUGUCAACGAGCUGGACGAAUGCCGGUUAUGGACCGAAGGACAACAGCAGGCAUUAGAAGCCAAUCCAAACAACACACAAAAGGAAGCUGCGACGGCAGCAAAUCUAGGCGACUCGGAGAUGGCGGACGAGAACGUGGAAGAAGAUGGGGGCGAGGUGGAAGACGAGGACAUGGGCGUUAAUGGCGAAGGUGACCCUCCAGAUGGCGUGGCACAGAAUGGGCAACCAGCGCAUUUACCUGAUGUAGCAGCGAGUCGGAAAGCGUCGAGGAGGCGAAAUCAUGAUAAAUUGACUAAUGGAGAGGGUGGAGGGACGGCGUUGAGUGUGGGCGGGCCUGGUUAG